GGCAGCGCGACCAAAGUUGAAGUCACUCAACACGUAGUUGUCCCGUUUUCCGCCAAUACAGCAUGGAUUUCAUGACGGAUCGGAAUGUGCAAAAGUAUGAACAGGACGGCUACGUUGUUCUGGAUGGCCUGCUUUCCUCCAACGAAUGUGAUGAACUGAGGCAAAGGAUGGCAGAGAUAGUGGACCAGAUGGAUGUCCCGGAGCAUUGUCGAACCACCUUCUCCACCUAUCAUGACGAGCAACUCAAAACGCAGGGUAACGCUGACUAUUUCAUCAGCAGCGGGGACAAGAUCCGCUUUUUCUUUGAGAAAGGAGUUUUUGAUGACAAAGGGGAAUUCCUCGUGCCAAAGGAACGUUCUCUAAAUAAAGUUGGUCAUGCACUCCAUGCCUACGAGCCUCUGUACAGAAAAGUUACACAUUCACCUAAGAUUCAGGGCCUUGCGAAGAAGCUGGGUCUAAAAUGUCCUGUGAUACUGCAAAGCAUGUACAUUUUCAAGCAACCGGGGAUUGGUGGAGAGGUGACGCCACAUCAGGACGCCACCUUUCUGUACACGGAGCCACUCGGCAAAGUGACGGGGUUGUGGAUAGCCCUGGAGGAUGCCAACAUUGACAACGGCUGCCUAUGGUUUAUCCCUGGCUCACAAAACAGUGGUAUCUCCCGGCGCAUGGUGCGCACUCCGAAGGGCACCUAUCCCCUAACAGACUUCACUGGCAAAGAGCAGGACUAUGAUGAAGCGAAGUUUGUUGCUGCCCCUGUUAAAAAAGGCGGUGCUGUCCUGAUACAUGGCGAGGUGGUGCAUCGCAGUGCUCUCAACGCCUCUGAAAAGUCUCGCCAUGUCUACGCUUUCCACAUCAUGGACACACAGGACACCCUCUGGAGCCCUGAGAAUUGGCUACAACCCACAGAAGAUCUCCCCUUCCCACCCCUCUACACGAAGUAAAGGAAACUUGGGCCAUCG